AUGAUCUAUUUAGACCUAAAUCCAGUCGAUUAAGGAGAAAAUCCUGAAGAUGCACAGUAGUAAAAAAAUGAUAAUUCCAAGAAUGGCAAUAGUAAUGCUGAUGUAAAAAAAAGUUAAGCAAUAGAUGGGAUCGUCAAGAAUAUUUUCAUCAAGCCUAUUUAGAUCCACUAAUCUAAUAGAAAAAGAACAGCAAAAAGUUAAUGUGAUUAUUCCUACUCAGAUAGUUCUUCAUCCUCUUCAAGCAUAUCCAAAAGCUUAUAAUCUAUAACAUCUCCUUCAAAAGAAAAAUAAUAGCAUGAUAAAAACAAAACAAAAAUGUUAGAUUUUGUGCUUGAUUCUCACCCCUCAAAGAAAGAUAUUUAGGUCAGAUAUUAAGUCGAUGGGAAAUAAAGAACUACUUCAAACAAAUUUCUGAAUCAAAAACUAUCAAAAAUCAUUAAUUAGAAACAAGAGACUAUAGAAGAGAAAAAAGAAGACUCUGUUUAAGGAACUAAUCUUACAGAUUUUUAAUAAAAUUUAAAAUAAGAACUAGAAAUCGGUUUAAAUAGAUAUUAUUAAAAAAACUGCUUUAAUUUUUGUUUCAGAUGUAAGUAAGUUGGACAUGUAGAAAAUUAAUGUACUGAAAAAUAAAGAGUUUAAUGCAUUUAUUGUUUGAGUGAAAAACAUCAUGGUGAGAGUUGCACUAAUUUUUCUUGUUUUCGAUGCAAUCGUAGUGGUCAUCGAAAAUAUGAUUGUAAAAUUAAACUGAGACUGACAUUUUGCCCAUUUUGUGGGAAAACUAGUCAUAAGGCUGAAGAUUGUGGAAUAAUUGUGCCAGUUUAAACCAAAGGAAACAAUUAAAUAAUUUGUUUGGCCUGCAAACAAUAUGGACAUGCGAAUUGUAAUAUUGAUACAUUUUAACUUUGA